UUGAGAAGCACUUGUGUUUGGUCCGUGAAAUGAUUGCAAAAGUGAGUGGACCGUGAAACUACAUUUUCCCCUCCUCCUCACUCGUGAACCUAAACAGGGGCAGCCUCAAAGCUAUUUAUGGGUGCUGUAGUUGACAGUAAAACUAUAUUGUCGUAGAGACUCACUGCAGAAGACGCCAUCUUCAACUACAAUACCCAAACACGGCGUUGACAGUCUGACUGAGCAGCGUUGGUUAUCCGGGGAUAUCGCUUUGCUGCUGUGCUUCAGCAACCUAUUUCACUCUCUCCUCUUCCUGCGGAUUGACACAGUACCGUUAAAAAAAGCCAAACAAAACAAAACAUUUAAAGCCAAAAAAUAUGGCGGAGCUUGGAGCGGGGAGCCUACAAGUGGGGGACCCUGCGUUUAAUUACCAGGAGCGAGAGCUAAAUGAGCGCUUGAAGCGGCUCUACCCGGCCGUGAAUGAGGAAGAGACCCCCUUACCCCGAUCUUGGAGCCCCAAGGAUAAAUACAGCUACAUCGGGCUCUCACAGAACAAUCUGCGGGUGCAUUACAAAGGUCAUGGAAAGAACCACAAGGACGCUGCUUCCGUGCGGGCCACACACCCAAUCCCAGCUGCCUGUGGAAUCUACUACUUCGAAGUGAAGAUCGUCAGCAAGGGGCGGGACGGAUACAUGGGGAUCGGCUUGUCUGCCCAGGGGGUCAACAUGAACAGACUGCCUGGUUGGGACAAACAUUCAUACGGCUACCAUGGCGACGAUGGACACUCCUUCUGCUCCUCGGGGACCGGCCAGCCGUACGGCCCCACGUUCACGACAGGAGACGUGAUUGGCUGCUGCGUGAAUCUCAUUAACAACACCUGUUUCUAUACCAAGAACGGGCACAGUCUGGGUGUAGCGUUCACAGAUCUUCCUCCGAACCUGUACCCCACGGUGGGGCUGCAGACCCCGGGGGAGAUAGUGGAUGCUAACUUCGGCCAGCAGCCCUUCGUGUUCGACAUCGAGGACUACAUGAGCGAGUGGAGGGCCAAGAUCCACGGCAUGAUCGCCCGCUUCCCCAUCGGAGAGAGGCUGGCAGAGUGGCAGGCCGUGCUGCAGAACAUGGUGUCCAGUUACCUGGUGCAUCAUGGGUACUGUGCCACGGCGACGGCCUUUGCGAGAGCCACGGAGACCAUGAUCCAGGAGGAGCAGACGUCAAUAAAGAACAGACAGAGAAUACAGAAGCUGGUGUUAGCAGGUCGGGUUGGAGAAGCUAUUGACGCCACACAACAGCUCUACCCCGGACUGCUAGAGCACAACCCCAAUUUACUCUUCAUGUUGAAGUGUCGGCAGUUUGUGGAGAUGGUGAAUGGUUGUUCGGGCUCUCCUCAGGUGUCGGCAUAACGCGUCUCACCAAAGUCCCAGGACAGCUACCCCGGAUCCCCCAGCCUGAGCCCCCGGCACGGAGCCACCAACCCCCACCUGCACAGCACAGGAGCAGACAGCCCCACCUGCAGUAAUGGGGUCACCCCUAGCAAGAGCAAGAGCCACAACAAAUACCCCGGCGUCAGCUCCACCUCUUCCUCCUCCUCUUCCUCCCCCUCCUCCGUCAACUACUCCGAGUCCAACUCCACCGACUCCACCAAGUCCCAGCCCCACAGUGGAACCAGUAACCAGGAAACCAGUGACAGUGAGAUGGAGAUCGAGGGCGAGCAUUACACUAACGGAGUGGCAGAGAGCUCUCCCGCCAGGAUCAUGAACGGCACGUACAAGCACGAGGAGAUCCUGCAGACAGACGAUAACAGCCUGGGAAAUGGGGUGGCAGAGGACAGCUGCACCCCCAGGCAGCUGUGUGGUGGAAACCAGGCGGCGACUGAGAGGAUGAUACAGUUCGGCCGGGAACUCCAGGCGCUCAACGAGCAGCUGUGCCGGGAGUAUGGCAAGAACGCCACUCACAAGAAGAUGCUGCAGGAUGCAUUCAGUCUUUUAGCGUAUGCAGACCCCUGGAACUGCCCAGUUGGACAGCAGCUUGACCCCAUGCAGAGAGAGUCCAUCUGCUCCGCACUCAACAGUGCCAUACUGGAGUCGCAGAACCUGCCGAAGCAGCCCCCCCUCAUGCUGGCCCUGGGCCAGGCCACCGAGUGCGUGCAGCUGAUGGCCCGGGUGCGCUCCGGCUCCUGCUCCUUCGCCAGAAUCGACAACUUUUUGCACUAGCCGCCGCCGCCAAGGCAAUGUACAGGACAGCUAAGAAGAGGACUUUCCAGUUUGUGGCCAUGGUGUCAGAGGAGCGCAUGAGUUUUGAUUGGUGUGCCGUUUGCAGUUGGGGGAAACAUUUGGACGGGGACGUGACGAGAAAGGCUUCUUUUUUUAAUUUAGUAUUAUCAAAUACAGAUUGUGUGACACUAUUUAAAGAUAAUUAUUAUUCUGUUUAGUCUUUAUUUUUAGUUUUUAUUUUCUUGUGCUCAUCUUGGGAAAAAAAAAUCUAGUUCCUUUUGUUUUUAAGGGUGGAAUGAAAUUCCCCAAAUAAUAUUUUAAAACGUGUGUAUGCCAUAUUAAAGCUACAGCUAAUAGGGUGUAUACAUCAUUGCAACAAAGCAAGAUAUUUUGGUUUCUCUCACUCAGAUCUCAGGUAAACGCAAUGCAUAUGGCAUUUCAGAGUGGAAUGUUCCGGAAAUUCAUUUAGUUCUACCAGCAGUCCUCUGGCUCUGGAGUCUGCCCAGGCUCCUAUGAUUUUAAUUCUGUUUAUUUUUCUUUUUUUUUUCUUUUUCUUUAAAAUCUUUUUUUUUUUUUUUUUUUUUGUUUGGAGAGAGUCUGAAAAGAUGUGGUGUUGUUUUUUUCAGGCAGGCUGUCCUCGCCGCUGAUGUUUAUCGAUUAAAGGCUAAAAAAAACAAAAAAGGCCGAAAAGCGCUUCAGUGAAUAUGCAUGGCUGCCAGCUCGCCCGCCGCCGCCGCCUCGACGCGUCGCCAGCGUCCCGCAGGGGCGAGCGUCAGAGAGAGCCAGCGCUCCGCUACCGUCGUGGAACAGUUUCGUGCGUUCUGUUUUCAAGAUAAGGGGGGGAGUACCUCAAAACCUAAAGUAAAAAAUACCAUUUUUUUUAAAUGAAAGAAAAACAACGAAAAAAUGCAUUUUGGACAUGAUUGGCAGUCGGGCACCUGGCUCCUGUCACCUUGCUGUUCAUCCCUGGCACCGUCUACAGCUUUAUAACUCUUCAGGCCCAUCAAAGGGCCUUUUAGUGCCAGUCAGUGUGGGGGAGCAAAUUAACUAAGAAAUACAAAUAGAGAGAUUUUUCUUAUUGUUUUUUAAUGAAUGAAUGUUGAAAAAUAAAUACAAUAGAAAUCUAUUUCCCCAACCUUUUGGCUUAACAAGUGGGAACUUACUGGAAUAUCCAUCCACAGAAACCAGUAAAAUGAUUCCCAUCAUUCAGCUAAAUAUGUGGGUAUAUCAAUGAUGGGCCUGUUGCCUAGGAGAUGAAUAUAUAUAUAUUAGUAGACCAGCAAUCUAGAGCUUGGGAAGCUGUUAUAAUUGACAAACUACUAACAAUGAGUGAGUUAACAUUUCAUUAGGUAACAAACAACAGGAAUAUAAAUACCUAGGAGUAACCCUCCCGCUCCUUCCUCAUGCUCGCUCUCUUUCUUUGUGAAGAAGGGCUUUGUAUCUGAGUUGUGUCCUCCAUUUACUGUUUGAGUGGAGGCUCUGGUCACAGGGUGCUUGCACUGCAUGCUGGGAAACGUAGUCAAUCACACGUGGUCCUGUUGUGGUUCUAGCUCUGUCGUGCGGUAGUUCUUGCUUUUAAUUUCUUCUUUGUUUUUCCUCAGUUGUGAAAUAACCCCCAAAUGGUUAAGGACCAGGAAAAUUAACAUGCCAAAUAUCACUGCUUACUCAUACUGUGACGAUGACGAUGACUAUUUUUAACAUCUUAUUUCUCUAAUUACACUUCUUGAGUCUGCUUAGAGAGGACAAGCAGUAAUAGUCAUAUAAAAUAAGAAUUCUUUUUUUUAUAAUGCUCUGAAAUAGAUGAUCUUAUUUUCCCAAGUGGAGAAUACCAUGACAAUGUGCAUUUUGGAUGCUGCGCUGUUCCAUCCUAAGUCAUAGAAUUCCUAGGUCUGAUGUAGCCAUUGAAAGCAACAGUGGAAAGGUACGUGAGCAGGGCAGUCCUAAUGGACCGGAGUUCCAUGUUCCAAAUCUGCGAUGGAAACUCUCUCCCUCUCUCCUUCACCAGCCGUGUUACGCCCCAUACUUCAGUGAGGCUGAGCUCUGUGAGGCAGGGCCACUUCCAGCCUUGAUUUGACUCCAGCAGCAAAGGGGGGGGGACCUCCAGGUUUAGGCCACUCCCCCCUGUUACUGCUCCAGCCUCUCUUAAGCUUGGAAGCAGCUGCGCUAAUUCAUUAGCUCUGCUACUAUCAAGCUUACUGCAACUACUCCAGUAUGUGGGUCUUUUGUCGCAGAUUAUUAGUUUUCUCCAGCCAGCAGGGGGUGCUGUAGUGUGUUUUGAAUGUAGUUCAGCAGUAUUCUGUUGUUUUUUUUCCCCAUUUGAAAUGCUGCCAGCCUUCAUGAGAUUGUUUUCCCCCAUCCCCUCCACAGGUGUUGAGGUCAGUUAAUUUCUGCUGCUGACCCCUAACACAGUAGGCCACGGUAGGGUAGAGGGGGAAAGGGUACAUUUUCUGCUGCUUCCUCCUGUUUGGUGUUCAGUUUGCAGAGUGUCACUCAGAACCUUUUUUUCUGAAGAAGGGCUUGAUGGGAAGUGAAGUCCAGAGGUAGUCUAAGCGUAUUCUGCAACCUCUUGGCCCAGGUGUUCAUUUCUCAUUUUAUGGAACUGCUGAGCAGAUUAAUGCUCAGCAACUCCGUUCCACUGGGAAGAGUAUAGAAACCAAUCAGCUGGCUUUCUAAUAGGUAUUGAAUGACUAAUUAUGUGAUUUAACUCAAGUAGAAAAUCUCCUAUGGGGCUACUGUUAUGCCAUAGGAUUACUGCAGUAUAUAAUUCUUAACACUGUAGCACAGAUACGUAAAUGUGACACCAGCCAUUAAUUAGUAAUAAUACCAUAUACCCAGCCUGUCUGCUAUUUUUUGUGUUUCUGUCAAUUUAAAUCAUGCAGUAUAGAGAGCAGAGACGUAUAUUUGAUGAUGACUAUGAUAAUGUUGUUUUUAAAAAACCAUGCAAACAGGCAUUUCAGUAAAAAGUUUCUUACCGUUCUUGGAACAGUCGUCUUCUUUGCUACUGGGUCUUCAGACAGAUCUCAAAUAACAGCUCCUGCUUCAAGACACCUCAUGGUUUCUUGUGUAACAGGGCCUUUUUUAUAUUUUAUUUUUAAGACUGCUCAUAAAAUCAAUUUCAAUUGGCAAGCCGGGUGUUCUAAUGCAUACUCAAUGCAUAGUUAAGCCACAUGACAAUGUUAUUUGACAUUUUCAAAAGAUGGAAUUUGAAGGAAAUAGUUGCCUGAUAAAUAACUGUCUGAUAAAUGAGAGCCAAACCAUGGAGGAGGAGUUUGUGUUUUGUAAAACAGAUGAGGUUCUAACACCUGGAAACCUCCCCCUCCCCUUCCCAAGCAGCCAUACUUCCAAAUUGUCCAGGUUUCAAUAUCUUUUAAGAUUAUUGUUUUGUUUGAAGUCGAGUGCGCUUCAAAUACGCCCCAAAAUAACAGGGGAAACUGAAUUAGAUUCGUUAAAUAUAUAUACAAGUUGUGCACAAUUAAUUUUAUUAUGAUUUGAAUUUUAUUUGAGUUUGAUUUUAGUAUUUGUGAAAUAAGUUACCCUCUCUACUUAGCAUGAACCUUUGAAAACCUUUAAAACAAAAUAAAAAAAGAAAAACAUAAUUAUGAAAAAAAAAAUAACUAUGUACUGGAAAUAUGGUAAAGAAAUAUUGUAUUCUGUUGUAUUUUGACAGAAUUAUUUUUAUUAAAAUACACAUCCAUGUGCAAAUUA